GCAGGGUUGUCCUUGACACUCAUGGCGCUGGCCUCUUCCUCAAGACUGAACGAUCCUCAACAGCAGCUUCGUGUCACUCUACAUGGCGCUAAUGGCCUAGUCAAGCGUGACCUUCUCAGUUUUCCCGAUCCGUUUGCGGUUCUCACUAUAGAUGGUGAACAAACGAGCUCGACUGCGGUCUCUCGGAGAACUCUCAGUCCAACAUGGAAUGAACAUUUUGACGUAACCGUAAGAACAUCGUCUAUGAUCGCAAUCCAGGUUUUUGAUCACAAGAAGUUCAGAAAGCGGGAUCAAGGAUUCCUUGGCGUUAUCAACAUUCCAUCUGAAGAGGCAAUAUCCCUUGCUACGAGUGGUCAUGGUGAUAUGAUUACUCGAGACCUCACCAUGACCACGAACAAUCUUCAAGUUUAUGGAAAGCUACUUUUUGGCUUCUCUCUUACCAGCCAUCCCGCACCGCCUACCCCUCAUGCUACCGAUCCGAACCUUUUCCAUAUCCCGCCUGGAGAUACUGCCCAUCUUUCACCGCAUCAUCCAGGAUUUGGUCCGCUUGAAAGACCUAGAUCCGCCAUUUCAACUGAUCAACGGACAUUCUCACAGCAGGACGAUGAAGAUCAUUCCAGAACGGCGCGUCCGCCUUUGUCAUCAGCUUCAUUACGACCAUCACCUAGCCCCACGACCACAAUGUCAACACCCCGCUUUCCCCAGCCCGAAAUUGGAGGCCGUCCCAUAUCUUCGAGUCCAUCUAUUAAUUCCACCCAGAGUAAUCAAACUCGUCUACUAGACGAUGUAGAUGGUAAUUUGUUGCCCCCAGGAUGGGAGCGAAGGGUUGAUCCAUCCGGUCGUACCUAUUACGUUGACCACAACGCUCGGACAACUACGUGGCAUCGUCCAGGGGCUCCUCGUUCGGGUCAAGCACCUCCAGCGCGCUCGCCUACCACCACUGCCAGCGGUGCCACCAAUGGUGCAGGAUACUCAGAAGUGCCACUGCCGUUGGGAUGGGAGGAACGUACUACUGCGGAAGGCCGUCCAUAUUUUGUUGACCAUACCACCCGUACAACGACAUGGGUUGAUCCUCGACGGAACACAAACCAGCAGAAUGUAGCCACUCAGGCCAGUAAUGCCAAUGCUCAACUCGGUCCAUUACCUUCCGGGUGGGAGAUGAGACUCACAUCCACGGGCAGAGUGUACUUCGUUGAUCACAACACUCGAACGACAUCAUGGGACGACCCACGACUUCCUUCCAAUGUCGACGAUAAUGCACCUCAGUACAAGCGAGAUUAUAGGCGAAAGGUAGUCUACUUCAGGAGCCAGCCUAAGAUGAGAGUGCUCCCGGGCAAGUGCGACAUCAAAGUUCGACGGACGCGAGUGCUGGAGGAUAGUUACGCUGCAGUUAUGGCGCACCAUGGCGAAGACCUCAAACGCAGAUUGAUGGUGAACUUUGAGGGAGAAGAUGGGUUGGAUUAUGGAGGUGUUUCGAGAGAAUGGUUCUUCCUCCUCUCUCACGAAAUAUUCAAUCCAAGUUACGGAUUGUUUGAAUAUUCCGCCCAUGACAAUUAUACACUUCAGAUCAACCCCGCUUCCGGUAUUAAUCCAGACCACCUGAGCUACUUCAAGUUCAUCGGACGUUGUCUUGGACUGGCUAUCUUUCAUCGUCGAUUCCUCGACGCAUAUUUCGUCCCCAGCUUCUACAAAAUGAUGCUCCACAAGCCCGUGACACUAGGUGAUCUCGAAAGUGUGGAUGCUGACCUACACAGGUCACUGUGCUGGAUGCUUGAAAACGAUAUAACGGACGUGUUGGAUGAGACAUUCACAACAACUGAAGACCGCUUUGGCGAACUGGUAACGAUCGAUCUUAAACCAGGAGGUGAAAAUAUCCCUGUGACGGAAGAAAACAAGAAGGAAUACGUGCACGCGAUCGUAGAGUAUCGCAUAUCGAGGCGGGUCAAAGAACAAUUUGACGCAUUUAUGGAGGGCCUUCUAGAGCUUAUCCCAGUAGAUCUCCUCAGCGUAUUUGAUGAGAGAGAACUAGAACUCUUGAUUGGAGGAAUGUCGGAGAUUGAUAUGGAUGAUUGGUGCAAAUUUACAGACUAUCGUGGCUACGAGAAAACCGACCAAGUCAUCGAGUGGUUCUGGCAGUGCAUCAGGUCUUGGCCUUCAGAGCGUAAAUCGCGCCUACUCCAGUUUACGACGGGAACAUCUAGAGUACCUGUAAACGGUUUUAAGGAUCUGCAAGGAUCUGAUGGACCACGUCGAUUCACGAUUGAGAAAUCUGGUGAUCCGCACGGCCUUCCUCGCAGUCAUACAUGCUUCAAUCGACUUGAUUUACCGCCAUAUACCGAUUAUGAAAGUCUAGAAACGAAGCUUAUUUUUGCAAUCGAAGAAACGGAAGGGUUCGGGCAAGAAUAAGCGAGUUCAUCAUACACUAUAUAUCCAUGGUUAACUAAGUAGUACUUACCUUUUCUCUAUACUCAUUGAGCAUGUAACAUAACUGGAUUCCUGUAUAAUAGACUUCCAGAUUUAAACUUA